CUUAGUUUGGUGUGUCUGGUAUGUGAUACGAGUGCCAUGUCUGCCGAUAUUCUUCUGGUUUAUGGUCACAGGUAAAAAGGGUGUCUGGGGAGCCAAGUCAAGAGCAGCUCUAUCAUGGAUGCAGCGAGUGAAGAUUGCCUUAAGUGCAGCAGAAGGGCUGGAGUUCCUCCAUCACAAGGAAGAGCCUCAGGUCACCCACGGUAACAUCAUAUCCAGCAACAUACUUCUCUUUGACAACGACAUCGCAAAGGUUGGCAAUGUUGGUACCGCCAAUGUGCUGGUUCGUGAAGACAUAGAUAGCUGCCAUAGUUUUAGACAGAUCCUUGACACGCAUCGUAUUAUUGAUGGUCUUUGGUUUCACCAAGAUGAUUACCAUGUCGAUGUAUAUGCUGCUACUGGGCAGUGCAACAAAAAGAGUGAUGUAUACGCCUUCGGGGCUGUGCUGCUGGAACUUUUAACUGGUCGUAAGGCAGUUGAUCAUACACUACCCCACGGCAGGCAGAGCCUCGUGACAUGGCUAUGCACCCUUGGUGAGAAGGGCCUUUGCACCCAUUGCGACUAUGACCCCUUUUUAUUGGCAUACAUCAAUUCUAUGAAAGACAAUGUGUUAACAAAAGCAAGUUUUAGUGAAGAUAAUCUGCAGCGAUGUGUGGAUCCAAGGCUUGAAGGAGACUACCCUCGCAAUGCUGUUACCAAGAUGGGUGCGAUCGCCGGGCUAUGUGUGAGUUACGAUCCAGGUCUCCGGCCAAACAUGAGCACUGUCGUUAAGGGUCUGAGACAGUUGUUGUACAACGAGCCAUGUGACUUGGUGGCAUGAAAUUAUACACAUUGCGUGGGCUUUUAUGUCCGUGACAUUGUUUGUGGCCGAGCUGCACAGGAUCUCCAAUUUUCAUGGCCCUAUUAUAUGCCUUUCUCUGAAGAACAAAAUACAAAUAUAUAUGUUGAUCAUGUAUCCAUUUGUUUUGCAGCUGAUGGAUGCAUAAUACUAUAUGUUAUGUCACUUUUGGAAUGAGGAAUGUAGCAUAUGUUUGCACUGGAUUUGGUGAAAUUAAACAUCGACAGAUUAUUUGCUAUCCGUAGCUAUCUGUACGACUAACUGCUUGUUCUGCCAUAUCGAUCCAGCAGGGACUGAAGUUCAGAAUCUCUUCAGUUUGUGAGAAGGGGAAAUCGUUCUCUCGCGCCUGGAGUCCCGAAUGAGAUACUUUUCUAGAAAUACCUGUAACUAUUUAAACACGACCAUCACAGAUUCACAGGUAUAAUUCUUUGGAUCAAAGAUAAAAAAAAACACAAAAGCAACUCUGAAAACUAAGAGUUACCGUGAAAUCUCUCGGAUACAUAGCAAACGGAUGAUCACUCAAAAUCUGGGCUCUCCCUUGCCAAAGCCUUAGCAUCAUCUAGGUGUUAAAAUGAUUGUAGAACAAACUGUGGCAUCAGAUGGGCCUUAAAUUGGCCAUACAACCAAACUGUCUCUUAAAUAUCUUUCUGAAAAGAAAAAAAAAGAUGCAUGGUGCUAUUCUGAUUUUUUUACCUUCAUAAAGGGCAGUAUAUUAAUACCAAGCUGAUCUCUGCAAUGACACUACGUUAAUUAAGAGCUAGUUAAGACAUAUGCAUACACCAAAUUAUUAGAAGAAAAAAAAAG